AUGUUUAAAAAUAUAUUUUUAAUAUCAAUAGCAUUUUGCUUAUUGAUAAAUACAGCCAUUUCCCAACAAUGCUUCAACAAAAAUAAUUUAAAUUGGAGAUCGGGAAACAACAAAUUGUCAUUAAACGAUCAACAAAUCACAAUUCAGGGUAUAGCUUGGUUCGGUAUGGAAACUGGUACUUUUUCACCAGGUGGUUUAAAAACUACAUCAGUCGAAGCUUUAUUGGAUUUAUUGGUCCAAUUAAAAUUCAAUGCUCUUCGUCUCCCAUUCUCUGUCGAUAUGAUUUUAAACAAUCGUUAUCCAAAUGAAAUCAAUUACAGCCUCAAUCCAAAUCUUCGUGGUAAAACAGCUCUUCAAGUUCUUCAAUACAUUACCGAAAAAUCUGGUGAACGUGGUAUUUUAGUAGUUUUAGAACAACACAGAUUCGAUCCAUCAGAUUACAUCUCUGCUCUUUGGUAUUCCACUCAAUGUAUUACAAAUGUAGAUGGUGCUUGUGUAAACUAUACUCCAGAAUUAGUAGUCCAAUCAUGGAUCACAUUAACAAAAUUAUUCCAACAAUAUUGGAAUUUAUGGGCUUUGGAUAUUAAGAAUGAACCACAUGACCCAGCUACAUGGGGAGCCGGAAAUCCAGCAACUGAUUUUGAUAAAGCAUUCACAUCCAUUUCAAACCAAAUUGGUUCCGCCACAAACUUCAACGGUGUUUAUUUCAUUGAGGGUGUCCAAAAUAAUAAUGCUAUUUGCUCUAAUAAUUACAACAAUUGGUGGGGAGGUAAUAUGUCACCAGUCCAAUGUUUCCCAGUUUAUUUGAACCAAGCCGACCGUCUUGUUUAUGCCCCACACACUUAUUGCUCAAGUGUCUUCGAUCAAGAAUACUUUAAUACUGCCGAUUACCCAGAAAAUAUGCCAACUGUUUGGGAUAGUCAAUUUGGUUUCCUCUACAACAACUACUAUGCUCUCGUUUUAGGUGAAUGGGGUUGCAAAUUAAACAACACUAAAAAUCAAAAAUGGAUGGACAGAUUUGUUACCUAUUUAAAUGACAAAAAUAUCAAGAGCCAUCUUUUCUUCUCUUUAAACCCAGACUCUGCCGAUACCGACUCACCACUCUAUGCUGAUUGGAAAUCAAUUAACCAAAAUACAGUCAAUGUUUUAAAUAGAAUUAAUUCAAGUCCAACUAAAUUUACACCAAAUGGAAAUCAAAUUUGUUUAGGCGCUGUUUCAACUACCACUGCUCCAGCAACAACUGGUGUUGCCAGUACAACUGGAAAACCCUCUACAACUGGUAGUGCAACAACUGGCUCCGCAACAACUGGUAGUGCAACAACUGGUAGCGCAACAACUGGCUCUGCAACAACUGGUAGUGCAACAACUGGUAGUGUAACAACUACAGGAUCAACAAGUGGUUCAUCAAAUAUCAUUAUUAACCAAGUAGUAAGACAAACAUGGUUUGAUGGUACAAGCAACUAUAUGGUAGUUGAUGGUACAAUUAAAAAUGGUGGAUCAACAAAUACUAAUAGUCCAAAACUUCGUUCAGAUAAGAUUCCACAACAAAUUUGGGGUUUAGAUAGUGGUGCUGGUAAUACAUGGACUCUUUCAUGGAAUCCAACUUUAACUCCAGGCCAAUCAAUCGAAUUUGGUUAUAUUGUUGCAUCAAGUUCUCCAAUCCAAUUUACAAUUAUUGCUUAA